AUGCUAGUACACCGGCUUCCAUGGAGAAUUACACCUCGAUACCAGCUGCGCCAUCUCUCCCUGCUGCAGCAGCAACAGGCAGCUGCUGCUGGCGCAGAAACCCGCAGUGGACACUGGAAAAACAAAGAAAAGGCCAUAGCUGAAGAGUCAAAAAAGGACGAAAAAGGGCAAGAAAAGAAACAGAAAAGUGGACUCCUACAGAAGGGCAGAGUAGCAGCGGCAGCACAUGCGGGAUCGCGACAGAGGAAGAAAGACGGGAACAUCGUAGAGCGGAGGAGAAGUACAGAAAUCAAAGCAGCACAGCAGCAGCAGCAGCGGCGGCAGGCGACACCAAGAGGUGCAGACGGUGCAACAGCAGCAACAGAUACUCAUGCAGGCCGCGAGCGGAAAGAAGAGCAGCAGUCACCUCUUUUCACAGAAGCGCUGUGGGUGCAGCAGAGCCAGCUGCCGUUACUACUCCUGCUGCUCCUGGUGCUGCUGCUGCUGCUCCAUUAUGUGUCCCGAGAAGAGCGCGGGGUGCUGCAGGUGGUACAGCUGCUGCUUCUAGAAGCGGACCAGGAGAACUGCCGGCUGUCGUACAACACAAAGCAGACCUACGAGCACAGCCGUCUCGGGGAGGUGCAACAACAUCGUCUUCCGCAGAAGCCGCUUUACGGUGUACGUGCACGGUGUUGUCUAGAAUGUUACAGGAGCGAUGACAGCAAAGGUUCCUGCGGCUACUUCUGCAGCCGUCAUAGCAGCCUCUCUUGCUGUAUGCAUACCAGCUCUUGCUGCUAUUCAUGUCUCUCGUGCUGCGUCUCAGCGUAUGUCGCCCUCACGCCCGGUGGCUACCAUUGCUGCCAGUCCCCGGCUGCUUCUUCACAGCCACCAGCCUAUGACGCGGCCAGCCGGCCCGUUGCUGCUAGUACAGUAGUCGGUGGUGCUGCUGCUGCGGCCGCUCCUGCUGCGGCCGCUCCUGCUGCUUCCGCUAGUUCGUCACAGUCGCCUGCGCACGUGGCGAGCGGGCCUGGCGGUACUGCUUCCCUAGCCGAUGAUGCUGCUGGUGCUGCGUCCCUUGCUCCUGUCUCUCCUCCACAAGCUGCCAGCCACACACUGCCUGCUGCAGAUGCUGCGGCUAUUAAUGGACGACAUUACCCAGCAUUGAAGCGGAUGCGCGAGACUAUAAACAGCCUCUGUGACCGCUUUGCUCUGCUCUUUUACUGGCUUGUUGCAUACAGAGAAGUAGGAAACAGGCGCAUGAACACUGCGGUACCAGCGGACAUGAGCAGGCAGGAAAAACAGAAUAGAUCGCUGAGAGUACACGUAUACGCUCGGAGUACCCGUGCAGGCUGGACGUCAGUUGGUUUUGUAGCUGUGUGGUACGAGCGCAAGUCUGCAACCGUAUGCAAGCAGUUGAAUAAUCCUCUAUGCACGAACGCGUAUUACCUCGUGGAACACCGUGAGAAGCGCGCCUCAGCCUCAGCAUGCACGGCUGCUGAAAAGUGCACUUGGAGUCCGAAGCACCUCAUCAAGAUCAGUUUGAUCUCCCUCUCGUCGCUGACGCAGCAGAAGGUCCUUCUCUGCGCUAACUCCAAACCCCCUGAAGCUGUCUGCCCGUGA